AUGUGGGCGCGCGCAGUGCCUAUAGUCCUCUGGGGCGACGAGGGCACGCACAACUUCAAAAGCUGGAUGCUCUUCAGCUGGAUGCUCGAUGUCAGCCUAUGGCGGACCAACUCGAAGGCCUCGCGUAACUUGGCGUUCGCCUGCCCCGUGAACAUGUACCGCAGCCACGAGAAGGUGAACCAGACGCUCCAAGCUUUGCUGCAGGCUGUACAGGCUGACCUGGACGGGCUGGCAAAAGGACUCGAAGUCUGCGGGGAAGCUGCUCAGCUGAUUGACUGCGUACAUGUUUGGACCUUCCACGUGGUGGCCUGCAAGGGCGACCUCAAGUACUUGGCGCAGUCGCUGAACCUCACGCGGUUCCCAGGCUGUGAGGAGGUUUGCUUCCGGUGCCUGGCGUCGAUGGGCCGUCAAGACCCGAGUUUGGUGUACACGGACCUGUCGGAGGCCGCUGCGUGGCGCACGCGGCCUGCGCCAGAUCCCUGGUCUGAGCGCCCGUGCCUCUCCUUACUGGAUGGCUUCAGUCUGCGCAUGGUCAGCACCGACUGGAUGCACACCUGGCAUUUAGGAGUAGCUCGCGAUCUUGUAGGUGCUGCGAUGAAAAUCUGCUUGAAGUCGCAGUUCUGGCCUGGUCCCAACUUGGCCCGGCGGUUCAGUGCAGUGCAGCGCAGGCUGAAUGACUUCAAGGCCCAGCACGGACUGCAGAUGCACUUGAAGCGGCUAUCCAAAAGCCGACUCGCUUGGGAAGAUGGCACUUGCCCUGAGUUCAAGUCCAGCGCGGCAGACACUGGCGUGAUGAUUCGCUUUGUGGCCAGCGAGCUGUCAGAUCGUCUGCCCCCAGAGCCAUAUGAAGGCCUUGCAGCUUGCGCCUGGUUGGCAGAUCAACUUCAAGAAGCUGUCAUGCGGGCUGGCCUUUUCCUCUCUGAUUCCGAGGUGGAGCAGACCUUGAUGUAUGGCCGUGCGUUCCUGGCGUCGUACAUGAAGCUUGCUAAGCUAGCAAAUGUUCGUCGCGAGCUCUACUUCAAGGUGCGGCCAAAGUUUCACUACUUGACUCAUCUGAUCGAGGAUGUGCAGACACGUCCGUCCAGGCGAAGCUUGGGCUGGGACUCUUGCUGGAUUGACGAAGACUGGGUCAAGGUCAAUCUUCGCAUGCUUCGUAGGAUGUCGGCUAGGACGUGCCAUGAGCACCUGCUCUAUAGGAAUUUGAUUGUAGUUAGGCAUGAGCUUGAGAAGCGUGGUCGGUGA